AUGGCAGAAGGCUCGCAGUUCGUGCGCGUGGUGCCAGGCCCGGCAGGCCCGGCCGAGGAUUCGUCGCCCAACACGGGCGACCUUGUACAGUUUACGACAGGGAUUUAUUAUGUGGAAGAGGAUGAGGAGUUUCUGACCGUGGACAUCAUGCGGCUGGGAAGCCUCCGAGGGACUGCGACGGUGGACUUCUACACCGAAGAUGGAUCUGCAAAAGCUGGCAAGCAGUACCACACGGCCUCUGGUCAGGUCGAGUUCAAGGACCGCGAGUACCGCCAGUCUAUACAGAUCCAGACCGUUUCCAGCCCACUUUGGAGUCCAACGCUCGAGUUCAAGAUCCACCUGGCGAAUCCAACCGGGUGCUCCGUAGGCAUGCACUUGAGCUCCUGCCGAGUCAAAGUGAUUGAUGCGGACCCGUUCCCAUCGAGCAAAUACGGCAACCUGCUCCUGCAAGGUGAGGAAGGCGUGAAGAAGAUCCGUAGGAUAUGCCUCCUUUGGGAGUACUGGAAGCUUUGCAUACUGCAAGUUCCAGGGAUCGGACGCCGCACAUUGGCCACCCUGAUUCUGGAUGAGUUCCGGAACGCGAAGCGCCUGACGAUUCUGCUCCUUCAGGUGUACAUGGUGGAUGUCGUUUUCAAUACCGCCGACCCUGAAGCGGAGGCACAGCUCAUUGGCUCCUCUCGACAAGAGUCGGCCAUCGUAGUGGGGGUCCUGCUCGCUGCUCCCAUGGUUUUAGUGCACAUCGCGGCUCUGAUCAAGGCCAAGAUGGACUUGAAGGGGCAUUUGCAUCUGUUUCUGCAGCGCAGCCUCUUCAGGAAGUACUUGAACUACAGCGAAGAGUCACGAAGCUCCGUGCCUCCGGCUCUAAUGCAGAGUGCCAUCACCCGAGAAUCUGAAGAAGCCGCCUCAUCCUUCGGCAAAGUUCUGGACCUCGUCGCGAUUAUGUGUCAGCUCGUGAUCUUCGCCUACUUCACCAUCAUGGAGAACCCGACAGCAAUGAUCUUCAUCUUGGCAAUGCCCUGCAGCAUGCUUCUCUAUUUCACCUUGGUCAGCUU